AGCAGAAAAGCUGGACAGCAACUCACCUAUAUAUUCCCUUAAACCCUUCCGCCUCUUUCAAAUUCCUCCAAAACGCUCAUUUCUCUCUCCUCUUUAAUCCCUAAACCCCUAUUUUUCAUCUUCGAUCUUCCGCCAUGUCUAUGCAAUUUUGGGGUGUUGAGGUUAAGUCCAAGGUGCCUAGCAAGGUGGAACUCGAAUUUGGCAAUGUCAUUCAUCUAUCUCAGGCUACUCUAAGUGACGUGAAGAAGGAUAACGAGCCUGUAGUACUUCGUGUCAAGGUAGAUGGCAAGGAUCAUGUUCUUGGAAUUCUAAGCCAGUCCACCCCUCAAUUGUCCUUCGACUUGGUGUUUGACUCUGAGUUUGAGAUCUCGCACAACUUCAAGAAUGGAAGCGUUCACUUCUUGGGAUACCAGACUGAGAUGCCAAUGAGUGAUGAUGAAAUGAUGUCUGAUGACGAUGAUGAAUCAGAUGAAGAGGUUCCAAUUUUGCAGCAAGAAAAUGGAGUAGCCGCUGCUGCAGCUCCUAAGGCAAAGGCCGCUGCUAAGCCUGUCAAAAACGCUCCUGUUGAAGAAGACAGCGAUGAAGAUGAUAGUGAUGAUGAUGACUCUAGUGAUGAGGACAUGCCAACACCUUUCAGCAGUGAACUUGGUAGUGACAGCGAUGAUGAUGAAGAGGAUGAUGACGAUGAUGAUGAGUCAGAUGAGGAAGACACACCAGCAAAGGCACCUGCAAAGGCUGCAUCUGGCAAGAAAAGGCCUAAUGCUGAUGCUAAGACACCCGAGUCUAAGAAGGCUAAGCUAGUCACUCCCCAGAAAACAGAUGGAAAGAAGGGUGCUGCUCAUACAGCAACCCCCCACCCGUCGAAGAAAGGUGGCAAGACUCCUGGUGACAAGUCAGCUUCCAAGUCCGCUGGCUCAGUAUCGUGCGAUUCUUGCAAGAAGACCUUUAACUCAGACGUCGCUCUGCAAUCUCACAACAAGGCCAAGCAUUCUGCUAAGUAGAGUGUUGAAAUUCAUCAUUUAAAUGGGUUUUUGUAUGAAUGAUUAGUGAAAAGAAGAGGGGAAGGAGCUUAGUCUCAAAUUUUGAUGUCUUUUUUUUUGUUUUUUGGGUCUUCAAUUGUUUGUGGGUGGGAUGAUGUGACUAUCUGUCGGAGGAUGUUAUCUAGAUCAGAGUAGAACUUUCAAUAUUAUGUUAUUCCUGCAAAAUAUUUGCUAUAUCAAUGAUUAAGUCGAAAUUUUAUGAGUA